GUGAUGGUGAGAAAAAUAUAUUUCUUUCCUUACCAAAGUCUGAUGAAGAACCAAGGCUUCUGAACACCCUCGUGCACUAACUCACAGCUCCAUCCUUUCCCCAAAAUCUUAAUGUUAUGGCUUUGCUGCUAGCACCUAUGUGGCUUUUGACAGCGGUUACAUCCCUUUACCUUGGGCUACUGAGACCCACCCAAGCAGGUGCUUAUUAUGGGAUCAAGCAGAUGCCUCCCCAAGUGCCGCAGUACCAGCCCCUGGGGCAACAAGUACCUCACAUGCCACUGGGCAAAGAUGGUGUUCCAAUGCAGCACAUGGCCAAGGAGGGGCCACACUUGCCCUAUGGGAAAGAAUAUGUGCCUCAGUACAUCAAAGAAAUCCCACAGAUACCCAUGCUUGGCAAGAAGGGGAUUUCAAAGAAAGGAAAAGCAGAACUUCCAUUAGCCAGUUUGAGAGGUGAGCAGGGUCCUCCUGGGGAGCCUGGACCAAGAGGCCCACCCGGAGCACCAGGUAUACCAGGACACGGAGUGCCAGGAGCCAAAGGAAAACCAGGUCCACAAGGAUAUCCAGGGAUCGGCAAACCAGGCAUGCCCGGAAUGCCGGGAAAACCAGGAGCGAUGGGGGUUCCAGGAUCAAGAGGAGAGAUGGGGCCAAAAGGAGAGAUUGGACCUAUGGGCAUUCCAGGGCCCCAAGGACAACCAGGACCUCAUGGACUCCCUGGAAUAGGAAAGCCAGGUGACAGAGGAUUGCCAGGACAGCCAGGAGGAAAGGGCGAGCCAGGGAUGAAAGGGCAACCUGGAAUGCAAGGCCCCCCAGGCCCAAAAGGAGAUAAAGGUGUUGGGAUUCCAGGAUUGCCAGGGCUAAAAGGUCCACCUGGUUUACCUGGUCCUCCAGGUCCUGUUGGGCUUCCAGGGGUAGGCAAGCCAGGCAUGGUUGGUUUCCCAGGUCCACAGGGACCUGCAGGCAAACCAGGGCUUCCCGGAGAGCCAGGGCCUCAAGGGUUAGGUGGGGCUCCUGGAAUUCAAGGUCCUCCUGGCCUUCCAGGUGUGGGGAAACCAGGCCUAGAUGGAAUUCCAGGGCAGCCAGGGUUUCCAGGUGGGAAAGGUGAGCAAGGCUUGCCAGGUUUACCAGGACCUCCUGGCAUGCCUGGGAUUGGGAAGCCAGGUUUCCCUGGGCCUAAAGGUGAGCGUGGCAUGGGCGGUAUUCCAGGACCACUUGGGCCGAAGGGUGAAAAGGGGCACAUGGGCCCACCUGGUAUGGGUGGGCCACCAGGAGAACCAGGCCAACCAGGAUUGCCAGGGUUAAUGGGGCCCUCAGGUGCUAUGGGGUUUCAAGGGCCUAAAGGAGAAGCUGGAGCUGUUGGCCCUCAAGGACCAAUUGGUCCAAAAGGUGAAGUUGGUUUACAGGGUUUCCCAGGAAAGCCUGGUUUUCCAGGAGAAGUGGGGUCUCCAGGCCUAAGAGGCUUACCUGGCCCAAUUGGACCAAAAGGGGAAGCUGGCCACAAAGGCUUGCCAGGUCUGCCUGGUACUCAUGGCCCCAUGGGUCCCAAAGGAGAGCCUGGGAUCCCAGGGGCUCAAGGCCACCAAGGCCCUUCUGGAAUCCCAGGCAUCGCAGGACCCAGUGGCCCAAUUGGACCUCCCGGGCUUCCUGGGGUGAAGGGUGAACGAGGCCUACCAGGCCAGCCAGGAUUUCCAGGAGCAGGGAAACCUGGAAUUGCGGGGAUGCAAGGCCCACCUGGGAAGCCUGGCUCCAUUGGUGCUCCUGGGCAGCCAGGCCUCCAGGGACCUCCAGGGCCUCCUGGCCCACCAGGCCCACCAGUCAUAAUACAACCCACACCACCAGCUAUGGGACAAUAUUUGCCUGAGGUGGGUCCAGGCCUUGAUGGAGCAAAGACGCCAUACGGCUACAAGAAAAUCAAAAACGGCGCCGCUUCCUACGAGAUGCCAGCUUUCACAGCUGAGCUCACCACACCUUUCCCACGGGUUGGAGUUCCUGUGGUGUUUGACAAGCUCCUCUACAAUGGCAGGCAGAACUAUAACCCACAGACUGGCAUCUUCACCUGCGAGAUCCCAGGGAUUUACUACUUUGCCUACCACGUUCACUGUAAAGGGGGGAAUGUUUGGGUGGCUUUGUUCAAGAACAACGAGCCCCUGAUGUACACAUACGAUGAGUACAAGAAAGGCUUCCUGGACCAAGCUUCUGGGAGUGCCGUCGUUCAGCUAACGGUAGGUGACAGAGUUUAUAUCCAGAUGCCAUCUGAACAAGCAGCAGGACUCUAUGCCGGGCAAUAUGUCCAUUCAUCUUUUUCAGGAUAUUUAUUGUAUCCCAUGUAAACCAAAACACUCGGACAGAACAAAAACUUCCCCUGCCCGUUCUCCAAAUCUAUACCAUUGAAAGGUGCAUUUAAUGACUUUUAUUUUAUUUUAUUUUUUGGACCAACAUGUACAAUCAUUCAAAUAAAAUUACAACUUCAAACAUUA